UCUAACCUUUCCUAUUUAAGGAUCUGUGGAAGGCCAGGGCCCAGGCUGAAUCUGGAUCCCUGGGAAUUCAAGAAGAGGAAAUGAAGUAUUUAGAGCUAGUAACAACAAGAAACAUGGUAUCUGCUGCUACAGGAGCUGGGGCUAUUUUCCUGGUGGCCAAGACCAUCAUGGAAGGGAUCAAGAGCCCUCCUCAUAAUCCAGAACCUCUUCCCUUAGCCAAACUUGCUUUAGCUCACCAGAGUAAAACUGUGGUGGACUCUGGAGAACUUAGAGGACUUUUGCUCUCUCUCAAUCCAAAGCUAGAUGCUUACUCUAAGAAUAUGAUACUCCAUGGAAUCACCCGUUGUGUUUAUCUAUUGGAAUCAGAGGCAUCUGCAUGUACUUAUGAGGAUAUUAAACUUGUAGCCUCAUUCCUGGAUGAUUCAGACAUGGGUGUCAAGAUUCAGACAAUGCAUACUCUCAAGGCUUUUGCUGGAAUCUGGAAAUUUAGAAUCAGAAUUCAGGAAUUUAUGCCCAAGAUUCUUGAAAUGAUCACUGAAUUAUGGGAUACCGACAUACAUGUUGCUGGACUGAGAUUACUGAAUGGAUUGCCGUGGCCAAAUCACAUGCAACCCCUCCUAAAAAAGCUCUUGCCCACAUUAAUGGACAUUCUGCAGAUGGGGACCAAUUUGGCCCAGGUGCAGAUUCUAAAAUUCCUUAGCACAUUAGCCCAGAAGGAAGAACUGUUAUUUGAUAUCAUGAAUUGCCAGGUGCAUCCAGAAUUCCUCAGCCUGUUCCAACCUUCCCAGCUUGGAAGCCUGCUUUUUGAGCUGCUAGUGCUCGUGGAACGACUCUGUGAGGGUCGCCUGACUCCCCACUACCAAUCAGGGCACUGGCAAUACAAUGAGUUGUCACUUCAUGAGGUCCUUUUUGGAAACAAUUCUCGGCUAGCUGAUUGUCUUCUCUCCCUCAUCAUUCAUCCCGAGGAAGAAGUGCAGAUUCAAGCCUGCAGAGUUAUUCUGAAACAGCAAUUAAAUGAGGAGGGGGAAAUAGCUGGCACCCAGAACACCAAUUCUUCUUUAAGCAAAUUCUUCUGUGAGAUCAAUGCUGAUGGCCCCAGUGCUGAACCUAUGUAUUAGAUCCUUGCAGAAUUUAACGCAGAAUUAAAUUAUCUUUAGAAAUAUGGAAAGAAAAUAAUUAUUUUGAAAAAAAUAAAAACUUUCAAACUGGAAAAUAUAUAUAGGAAAAAAGCAGGUUGGUAGCCAGUCAAGAGGCCAAACAAUCCUAGUGGCCUUGCACCAGUAAAAGCAGAAAAACUCUUCCUCAAUAAUAAUAUCCCAGAACAGAGCAAUAGUGACAGCAUCUUAACUGGUAGACCCAAGUCUUGGCCUUCUUUGUGAUGGCUCCCUCCCUGUGGAACAUCAUCUUUGCAGAAAUAAAAUUGGUCCUCACCUUGACACUCUUUCAAAAGGCCCUGAAGACCUCAUUUUGCCAAUGGGCCUGGAGACCCCAAGGUGAUUGGUUUAAUUGUUCUUGCCAGAACAGGGGGAUUAAGGUUUAUUAGGUUUUGUAUUGGAUUUUUUUUUUGUAAGAUCUGGAUUCACUGUGAAUGAAUUGGCGGCCACAUAAAUUCCAUAAAUAAAUAAAUAAACAAACAAACAAAUAAAAUUACCUAUAACAUAAAAACAUAAUCAGUUUAAACCAAUCACAGGCCAACAUUCCUAUGCCUGAGAGUCAAAGAAAAUGUAAGGCUACUCAAGAUGCAAACAUGGGAUUUCCCUGUUCCACCAUUUAUAUAACAUGUAGUAUAAUCCCACCCAGUAGGAUUAUGACCUAGGGUUUUUCACUGCAUGAAUUAAUGAAAUACAAAUAGGAAUAAACAACCAGAAGUUCUUAUACUUUUAUCACUUCACUUACAUUCAUCCCAGCCCAUGCAUAUUUCCUUUGGAUCGGAAAACAGAAAUGGAAGAACAAGCAACGUAAUACAAGUCCUGAAAUUUCUGUAGUUGGAGGUUUGCAUAUAGAAUUACUCAGUGAAAACAUGAAUAUCCCGCUCAAAGGCCUGCUCUCUCAUAAUCACCCAAACUGAUAUGACAGGAAGGACAAAGAUUAGUCUUAAACCAAGAUUUUAACAAGAUACUUGGCCCUCCUCCUUAAUAUAUUCCAUCUUGAAAAAGGCCAAUGUGGAUUGGGGAGGAGACCUUGUGUAUUAACAUCUGAUAAAUUAAAAUACUCAUGGGGCAAAGUAAGUUCUUUGAGCUGACAUCUUCAGAAAUCAGUAUGCAUUACAUUUAUCAAUUUGGCAUAUAACUGCCCUUUCUGUGCCUGAACUAUCAAUGAUGAUCCUAUUUUUGGCUAUUUCACGGGCAAAGUUGCUUUGGCAUGCAGAUAUUCUAAUGUGGAAGUGCAUCAACAUAUCUAUACACCAGCUUUGUUUGUGCUUGGAGUCACUUUUCCAUACCCCACGGUUUUCUAGACCAGUGGUUCUCAACCUUUCUAAUGCCACGACCCCAUAAUACAGUUCCCCAUGUUGUGGUGACCCCCAACCACUUAUACAUCACCGGGUGCCAGGGGCGUGGCCAAAGAAAAGGGGGGGGGGAAAUGGCGGACUGCGUUGUUUGGCGACCCCCGUGAAAUGGUCAUUCGACCCCAAAUGGAGUCCCGACCCACAGGUUGAGAACCACUGUUCUAGACAGUGUAUCUGGAAACAGGAAAGCCUUUGAAAUGGCUUAUGGUGUUUUCAAGAGCAGCUACUCAGAAAUCUUCUAAAUACAUUGACAAAUCAUUUCAUUUCAGAGUCCAACUCAGGAAAGAAAUUUCCCCAGCUAAAAUAGUCCAAUCAGAUAUUUUACAUUAGAACAUUUAUUUCUCAGAGAGAAAAUAUAGUUUCAGACAGUCAGAUUAUAGUAGGUAAAAUUAGCAUUUUUCUUUACAAGCAUAGAAUUUAUUACCUCUUAUUCCAUCUGAUAUAAACAGUUCUAGAAAGCAAAUAAACUCACUUUCUACAAUAAAUAGAGCCAUCUGUGCUUUACAGCAGACUGACAAGUCACAUUUAGGUCCCAUAGCAACAGCAGGAUAUUAGCCAAUUCAAAUCCUUAAAUUGUAAUUUUAAAAAAAAA